AUGGCUGACACCACAAAUUUUGAGAGGUUGUACUGCUACAUGUGCGAGAGCACAUGGACACGGGAAGCAGAAACGCCCCUACAGUGUCCAAUAUGCGAGUCCGAUUUUGUCGAAAUUUUAGAAGCAAAUGACCCCCUACCAGAACCCACAUCCGCCAUAGAAGCCAAUACUUUCUCCCGCCAUCGACCUGAUCGUACAUCAGCUAUUGGGUCAGGCGAGACGACAUAUCAUCGCUACAGAUCGGGUGAUGGGAGAUUUACGUUUACUCGAACUACUUUUAACUCGUCUGGGAGUGCUGCGCGGGGAAAUCAAACCGAACAUCAAAUGCCCAUUGGUGAUCCCUUCGCAAUCCUUCGUAACACUACUGCUCUUCUCCAAGCUCUAUCAAGCUACCGUCCUAACCGGGAGAGACGAAGUCCUAGACCUAGGAGUUCACAUUCACCAGUUCCCAUGAUUGCUGAUGACCCCGUCAAUACAGGUCUUGAUAUCACCGGGGAAGACAACGUAUAUAGGAUUAGAUGGAAUUUGUCUCCACGAGACGCCAACAACCCGCAGACUGAUGUCGAUCCAUUUGCACAUUUGGAAGAUGUACUUGGGCAAUUCACACGGGAGCGUGGAAGGCUACAAAACGUUGGACCGACGGAUGAGGUGGCAAUCAUGCGAUCGUUCAUGUCGACGCUCCUUGAAAGCAUAGAUCUGGGGACCGGGGGAUUCAACGAAAACAGAGAUCAACCUGCCACCCCACAUCAGCUUGGGCUCCUUGGAACUCCAACUUUAAAGAAAUUCUUGGAGGAGAAGGGAGAACUUGAUAAAUAUGAUGGGAAAGCCAGUUGCGCCAUCUGUAUGGAACAUGUGGAGCUGGAUUGCAUCAUAACGCAGUUACCCUGCGAUCACUGGUUUCAUACCUACUGUAUUUCGCGUUGGUUGGAUGAACACAAUACUUGUCCGCACUGCCGACGAAGACUCACGCCUCAAGACUCAGAGCAACAGCGACGGCAGCAAUCACGGCCUGGUUCCCGGCCUGGCUCUGGCACCAAUUCCCCCGCCAGUGGAAUUGGAAGUAUGUUGGAACCCUACGUUAUUCCAGACAGUUCCCCACACUCCACAAGAUCGGGAAGCAGAAGUACCAGCAGAACACAACCGCCUUCACCUACGCAUCGUGGCAGUGGCGGCUUACGAUCUAGCCAACCCGAGGGACUCCUUCGGUCGCCUAGGAAUGAGAGAUCAGGUCACUCCGGCUCUGGUGGAUUUUUGUGGAAUUGGUUUGGUCACGGUUCGCAUUAA